AUGUCAGUUCGGAGUAUUUCAAUAGCAAUACUUCAGACCGCUGAAGGUUCUCGAUUUUAUCACUUUACCUUCACUUUUGGCUGGCAUUUAUGGAACACACAUACUGGUGACAACAGUAUCACGACUAGUAAGUACACAUCUUGUCAAGUUCUCUUAUGGAAGAAACUAAUCAAUUUUUUCCAGGACGAGUUGAUUUCUUAUCGUUAUAUUGUUGUUUUUCGUAUUCUUGACCUAUUCUUUAUGUUCUUCGGAUUACAACAGCCAGUAUUCGACUUUUUGGCACGUUAUGGUGCUUUUGGAUGUGGAACUGUUUUGCCAGCUAUAGAGACAUCAUUCUGUAAGUGA